UAAUCAAUGCAAAUUGACAAAUUCCAUCACAGAAUUUCGAUCUUCCGCUCACGUUUCCAAUUGAAUCAACCUCAAUCCAUAAUUGAUCUUGAAUUCUUGACAGGAAGAAGAUAAACCCCAAUCUUCAUCACACUUCCCAAAGUUCAAGCAACCUUUUUGUCAUCUUCAUUCUUCUCUUUCUUCCUGAUCUCUCUAUUCAUACAACUAUACAUAUCUCUUUUUGAGAAUUUCUCUACUCUCAACUCUCAACCUCUCAGUGUUUGUGAGAAUUUCUUGUUGAAGUAAAUCUUUUUGUGGUUUUUCUUGAUAAUAUGCAACAGCAAGGCGAAGGAGAUGCUAGUCAACGCAUCGCUAGAAUCUCAGCUCACCUAAAUCCUCAUAAACCUCAGAUGGAAGGAAGUUGUAAUUUGGAAACAGAAAAUUGUCGAGCAAAAGGUGGAGCACCUGGAUUCAAAGUAGCGAUAUUGGGUGCAGCUGGAGGCAUUGGUCAGCCACUUUCCUUAUUAAUGAAGAUGAAUCCGCUUGUAUCUGUUCUCCAUCUUUAUGAUGUUGCUAAUACUCCUGGUGUCACUUCUGACAUCAGUCACAUGGACACCAGUGCUGUGGUGCGUGGUUUUCUCGGGCCCCAACAAUUAGAAAAUGCACUUACUGGCAUGGAUCUCAUCAUCAUUCCAGCAGGUGUUCCUAGAAAACCCGGAAUGACAAGAGAUGAUCUUUUCAACAUCAACGCAGGAAUUGUUAAAACCCUUUGUGAAGGAAUUGCUAAAUCAUGUCCUAAAGCUAUUGUUAACAUAAUUAGCAACCCUGUAAAUUCCACAGUUCCAAUCGCUGCAGAAGUUUUUAAAAAAUCUGGGACUUAUGAUCCAAGACGACUCUUAGGAGUUACCAUGCUUGAUGUUGUUAGAGCCAAUACUUUUGUGGCUGAAGUUUUGGGACUUGAUCCGAGAGAAGUUGAUGUUCCAGUUGUGGGUGGGCAUGCUGGGGUUACAAUCUUACCUCUUCUAUCUCAGAUGAAGCCUCCAUGUUCUUUUACUUCAGAAGAAACUACAUACCUUACAUCUCGUAUUCAGAAUGGUGGAACUGAAGUUGUUGAGGCAAAAGCUGGGGCAGGAUCUGCGACUCUUUCCAUGGCAUAUGCCGCCGUUAAAUUUGCUGAUGCAUGUUUGCGAGGGUUGAGAGGCGAUGCCGAUGUUAUUAAAUGUGCUUUUGUACCUUCUGUGGUUACAGAACUACCCUUCUUUGCAUCGAAGGUAAGGCUCGGUCGUAAUGGCAUAGAGGAGAUAUACCCGCUUGGUCUCCUCAAUGAAUUUGAAAGGGUUGGAUUGGAAAUGGCAAAGAAAGAGUUAGCGGGAAGCAUCGAGAAGGGCAUUUCGUUUGCCAUGAAAUGAGCGGGUAUGGUGAUUUUGAGUAGAUGUAUUGUCUCAUUUAAAAGGAGAAAAAGAUGUUUUUGCGAUGUCGAUUAUAUCAAAUAAAUGAUAAUUCCUAGAGGAUUAAGUUAUGGUAAUAAUGUUUUCGUUUUAUAAAUAAUGAUUCAAUAGUGAGUGGAAAGAGAGUUAUAGUGAAUUAGUGAUUAUUCGCUUGAAUAAAAUUAGUUAAUUGUUUAAUACAA